AUGGCGCUGGUGGUUCACAUCCUCGCCUGCCUCCUGGGCACCGGCUCGUGGGUGGCCAUCAACGGCGUGUGGGUGGAGCUGCCCCUCAUUGUGCCCCAGGUCCCGGAGGGCUGGUACCUGCCGUCCUACCUCACGGUGCUGAUCCAGUUCGCCAACGUGGGGCCGCUCUUCGUCACCCUCAUGCACCACUUCCAGCCGGGGCGGCUCAGCGAGGCCGGCACCAUCUACACCAUCGUCAGCCUCGGGGCGCUGGCCUGCGUCCUGCUGGCCUUCUUCUGGCAGGCGACCAGCGUGGUGGGGGGCACGGCCCGCAGCACCGCCCUCCUCGUCCUCCUCUUCUUCCUCUCGCUGGUGGACUGCACCUCCUCCGUCACCUUCCUGCCCUUCAUGCUGCGCUUCCGGGCCCGCUACCUCACCACCUACUUUGUGGGCGAGGGGCUGAGCGGCCUGGUGCCCGGCCUGGUGGCCCUGGCCCAGGGCGUGGGGGUGGCCCGCUGCGUGAAUGGCAGCCUGGCAGGGAACGCCUCGGGCACGGGGCUGCGGGCAGAGUACCAGCCGGCCAGGUUCUCCGUUCGCCUCUUCUUCCUCUUCCUCGGCGCCAUGAUGGGCCUCUGCCUCGCCGCCUUCGUCCUGCUCAACCACCUCCCGGCCGCCCGGCAGGAGCGGGCCAAGGAGCGGUUCCGGGCCCAGGCCCGGGUGGAGGCCGGCGCAGGCCUGCAGGCCGUGGUGGAGGAGCGGCCCAUGAUCGGCCCCACCGAGAGCCGCCGGCUCAGCAGCUACUUCGGCACCGGCACGUACUCCUGGCCCCAGGUGGCCUACAUCUUCCUGGUGCUGGCCUGGGUCAACGCGCUGACCAACGCCGUGCUGCCCGCAGUGCAGUCCUACUCCUGCCUGCCCUACGGCAGCUCGGCCUACCACCUCUCGGCCACGCUGGCCGCCAUGGCCAACCCGCUGGCCUGCUUCAUCGGCAUGUUCCUGCCCAACAGGCGUUUGCUGCUGCUCGGGCUCCUGGCCGCGGCCGGCUCCGGGUUCGGCUGCUACAUCAUGGCCAUGGCGGCGCUCAGCCCGUGCCCGCCCCUGCUGCACAGCCACGCCGGAGCGACGCUCAUCGUGCUGUGCUGGGUUCUCUUCGUGGGCUCGCUGUCCUACGUGAAGCUGAUGAUCGGCAUGAUCCUGCGGGACGAGGGGCACAGCGCCCUGGUGUGGUGCGGGGCCAUGGUGCAGCUGGGCUCCAUGCUCGGGGCCCUCACCAUGUUCCCGCUGGUCAGCGUCUACAGCCUCUUCCGCUCCGGAGACCCCUGCACCACCCGCUGCCCCAGCUGAGACCCGCCGCGGCCUCCAGCCGGGGGGACGCCGGGGCUGCCAGCU